AUGCUUUCCCGCAUCAGUAUCCUGGCUCUCUUGAGCCUUGCCUCGAGCGUUGCUGCCUUCCCUCAGCCAACGCCCGUGGUUGGUCGAGAUGUGGGCGAAGAUACCGUCUCAGUUCCGGGCAAUGCCAUCAGUGUCGCCGACUAUUGGAAGACCGCCAUGCCUGAGGUUACUGAGGCCCCUUCGGCCGAUGCCGCUGCUGCUGCCCAAAGGUUCACGAUCAAGGUCACCAACAAGCUUGGCCGAGCCAUCCAGACAAAGCAUGCCCUCAACAAAGGCUUUGCUGACAUCGUCUCCGGUGACAAGGGUCAGGGCGUCAUGCAGAACGGUGCCCAGUCUCAGUUUGUCGUCCCCGUCGGCUGGGCUGGCAACUUGGCUGUUGUGGAGAAUGGCGGUGGCCGCACCUUCUUGGGGGACGAGUCUCUGAUUGAGGGUUCGUUCGUAAAGCAGGGUAGCAGCCCCAAGUUUGAUAUCGACGUGUCAUAUGUCACUGGAUUUAGUCUGCCCAUCACAUGUACCUGUGAUGGUAAGACCGUUACAGGCUGCAACAAGUACCUCUGGUCGCUGAGCAAGUGUCCCAACGACAAUGGUAAGGGCUCGUGCAAGAACCCCCACCGCGAUAUCAAGGGAUCUGCAACCCCAUUCUUCAAGCCCUGUCAGCAUGCCGCCUACACCUACCCCGAUGAUGAUGGCGCCAAUGCCAAUGGCUUGUGCAAGGGCAACACUAUCACUUGCUGCGUCGGAACCAGCUGCCCGAAAAAUCCCAAGCAGAGUUAG